AUGGCGGCGGGAGAUGAUACCGCACCGACCGUCACCGUUGCUCAGCUGGAGGCUCUCACAGCUCAGAUGAAGCAGAACGAAGAACGACUUGCGCAAAUCCAGGCGGAGAACGCAACCCUACGAGCAGAAAACGCGUCAUUGGUUCAGGCUCGCAAUAGAUAUCGAGCACCGGUCCCUCCUAUGCAAUCGUUCGACACUCCACCACUUACGGCGAUUGGAGGCUAUGGAGCUCUUGCUCGCGCGACUUCCAGGAGUAGCUCCUCCAAUCACCAAAAGUGCUCCUAA